AUGGCUUUUCGAAGCACUGCCGAGGAAAUGGAAAGACUUCAGCUCUCCGAUGAAGACACAGAAGAUCUUUGGAACUCCCCGUCAAAGCGAAAAACUCAUGAACCAUUUGAAUCUCGAUCUUCCGACGGAAUUCCUCCUCAAGAACCUCGACAGCCCCACGAUAGUGGUAAUACGCUUUUCGAUCGCCAGGAAGCUCGCGAGGUGGCGCUGCAAAAUGAGCUAGAGGCUGUGCGGAAUAUCAAUGAAGUCCUUGAAAGCCUGCUAGGCAGCAUCGACCACGCCAAAGGCAACAUGGAGACAGUAUCGCGAACCGUGACCUCAGCGUCAACGCUUCUCAAUACAUGGACGAGAAUUCUCUCCCAAACCGAACAUAACCAGCGACUCAUUCUCAACCCCAACUGGCAAGGUGCUACACAGGACGUGGCCGAUAUGGAGAAUGAAGCCAUCCAGAGGCAACAGGCAGCCGAGCGACGCGAACAAGCACUCCAACAUCAACGAGAAGCAGCAGCGCAGAAAGCUGACGAGGAAGCGAGACGGCGGGCAGCCAUCACUCGUGGCCGUGGGACUACUCGUGGCACCGUCCGUAGCACUGGACUCGGCAGGACACCGAGCGUCAGUACCAAUCGACCCGCGGCGACGCGUGGAUCCUCGACAACUGCGACGCGGAGACCAGCGAGUGGGAUUGCUCGCGGGAGUGGAAUUGCUCGAGGACGGGGCAAGGCUUAG